UUUUAUAGAACUAGAAGCGAAGGCAGCGAAGGGUUUAAACUAGGGUUCAAGCACUACCAUCGUUGCUUCACUGUUAUUUGAGCUUCGUAACCAUGUGGGCUCUUCGUCGAGCUUCGAUCCCUCUCAGGAACAGAGGAUUUAAUGUAAGAGCUUCUUGUGUCAAAUUAAUGCCAACUACUUGUGUGGAAGAUGUUGAGGGUGGUAUCUUUGAGUCUCCUCAAAUAACGUAUGAUGGAUUUCUGUCACUGAAGACAUAUUACCAUUCAGGUCAUGCUUCCCUGAAAUUUACAGUGAGUAGACGGGAACUUUCUUCGCAAGCUAAUGCAGGUAGCACGAAAGAGGAUGAUGAUGAUGAUUUGGAGGAUGGGUUUUCUGAACUGGAGACGCCUGCUGGUGAUGGAAAUGAAAAUCUGUUAACCUCUGAUACAGACCUAUCUGAUGACAAUGAGGAUGUUGAGGAACCACGCAAUGAGCUAUCAGAUAAUGAGAUUGAUGAACCGACCAAGAAAAAGCCGCCUAGUGGAAGGGUUGAGGUAGAACUAUUCAAGGAGAUUGUUAAGGCUCCGGGUUUGUCUGUUCAUUCAGCUCUGGAUAAGUGGGUUGAAGAAGGGAAAGAACUAAGCAGAGAAGAGAUCUCGCAGGCCAUGCUUGCUCUUCGGAGGCGUAAUAUGUAUGGGAGAGCUUUGCAGCUCUCAGAGUGGCUCGAGUCAAAAAAGCAGCUUGAAUUUAGUGAAAGAGAUUAUGCUUCUCGAGUUGAUUUAAUUGCUAAAAUACGUGGCUUACAGAAGGCAGAGGUUUACAUUGAGACUAUUCCGGAAUCUUUUAGAGGGGAGAUAAUAUACCGAACUUUAUUGGCUAACUGUGUUAGUCAGAACAAAUGGAAGAAAGGAGAAGAAAUUUUCAGUAAAAUGAAGGAUUUGAAUUUUCCUGUUACAGCAUUUGCUUGCAAUCAGUUGCUUCUUAUGUAUAAGAGGAAUGACAAGAAGAAAAUAGCUGAUGUGUUGUUGUUGAUGGAAAACAAGAAUGUCAAACCUUCUCCUCUUACUUACAAAAUUUUAAUAGACAUGAAAGGCAAGUCACAUGAUAUUGCUGGAAUGGAUCAAAUUAUUGAUACAAUGAAGGCUGAAGGCAUUGAACCGGACGACCACACAAAGGCAGUUUUGAUUGGGCAUUACAUCUCAGCUGGUCUUCAUGAUAAAGCUGAAACUUCAUUGAAGGAGAUGGAAGGUGAAAACUUGACAGAGAAUUGGUGGGUAUGCCGAACUUUGCUUCCCCUCUAUGCAGACCUGGGAAAGCCGGAUGAAGUGGCAAGAGUUUGGAAGGUCUGUGAAAAACACCUUCGGAUUGAGGAUUGUAUGGCUGCAAUUGAAGCUUGGGGGAAGUUAAAGAAAAUUGAUGAAGCAGAGGCUGUUUUUGAGAUAAUGUUAAAGAGAUGGAAGCUUUCUUCCAAAAACUGCUCAGUACUACUGAAGAUUUAUGCAAAUAAUAAGUUGCUAUCGAAGGGUAAGGAUCUUAUUAAGCAAAUGGGAGACAGUGGGUGCCGAAUAGGCCCAUUCACCUGGGACGCAAUAGUGAAACUUUAUGUCCAAGCAGGGGAAGUGGAGAAGGCAGAAUCUGUUCUGCAGAAGGCAACCCAGCAGAGCCAGUUGAAGCCAAUGUUGUCUACCUUCAUGGCUAUUUUGGAGCAGUAUGCUAAGAGGGGCGACAUCCAUAAUUCAGAAAAGAUUUUCGUUAGAAUGAGACAAGCUGGUUAUAUUUCUCGAGCAACCCAGUACCAAGUUCUAAUGGAGGCCUAUAUAAAUGCCAAGCUUCCAGCCUAUGGGAUUAGGGAGAGGAUGAAAGGCGAUAAUGUAUUUCCCAACAAAAAUUUGCGGAACCUGUUGGCUCAAGUUGAUGGGUUUAGGAAGAGUCCAGUUUCUGAUUUGCUUGAUUGAGGAAAUUAAGAUAUCCUUCUUUAAGGAUUGUUUCUACUCAUAACUAUGCAACAAUUGUUAGUUAAUUAAUAGGUUAAGCUUCUUGGAUUUGAAUGUUUUCUGUGUAUGUUUGAAAAAC